CUCCUUAUCUGUGCUCAGUUCUCUCACAAACACCAUCUCUGUUUGUCUCUCAGGCUUCUCUUGCGUUUGCUAUCUUUCUGUGUGGCUAAGCAUUUUAGGAUCAGAUCUGAGUUUAAUUGUGCUAGCCAUUUUUCUCUGAUUCUCUAAGCAUAAUGGCUGAACUCGCCCUCAACUUCGUCAGCCCAAUCAUAGAGAUUGCAGUUCCUAAAGCAAUUUCAUUUUCUGCUGCACAAAUCAGCACGGCAUGGGGUCUGGAGAAGGAGCUGGGGGAGCUUGCUCAAAAACUGACUAUGAUCCAAGGAUUGCUUCAAGAUGCUGAAAAGAGGCAAGAAAGCGAUCCAGCUAUAAGGAAUUGGUUACAGCGCCUCACAGAUGUAGCUGAUGAUGCGGUGGAUGUACUGGGUGAGUACGAGUAUGAGGUUCUUAAGCACAAAGUUCAGACUCAAGGUCGAAAGAUGAAACAGGUGUACACUUUCUUUGGUGUUUUCAAUCGCACUGCCUUUCGUCUUAGCAUGGCUGAUAAGAUUAGGAAAAUUAAUAAGACUCUGGAUGAAAUCAACAACCGAGGGGUUUUGUAUCUGUCAAUCAGAUUUAGUGACCAAUGUCAUUCCACUGCUGGUGCAAGGCAAUAUCCUGAGACAGAUCCCAUCCCUGAUUGUUCCAAAUUUGUAGGAAGGCAUAAUGAUGUCUUAGAAAUUGUCAACAAGCUGGAUAACAUGAGGAGUCAACAUAUCCUCUCUGGCAUUUCAAUGGUAGGCUUUGGGGGCAUAGGCAAGACAACAUUAGCGAAGUCAAUUUGCAGUAUGGUAAAAGAACAAAAGUUGUAUGACCUGGUAGCUUGGGUUUGUGUGUCUGAGGAAUUUGAUGAAAAAAGAAUAUUAGGAGAUAUGUUAGAAUACCUUGAUAGUUCUGUUGGUCGAAUGAAUAAUAUAGGGGCACUUAUUCAGGAACUUGGGCAGAAGCUAGAAAAUAGAAAAUUUCUUCUAGUUCUUGAUGACGUGUGGAAUGAAGAUAGAGGCAAGUGGGAUAGUUUCAAUUCUCGUUUGUUAAAAAUUUUAAAAACCAGUGGAAACUCCAUUCUUGUGACAACUCGUAGUGAUAAGGUAGCAUCCAUAAUGGAGGCACUUCCAAUGCAAAAACAUGAUAUGGUAAAGCUAUCAGAUCAUGAAUGCUGGUUGAUAAUUGAGGACAUAGUUCUCAGAUCAUCAACAGAAACUUCAAUACCUUUGGAUUUAGAAGGUAUUGGACAAGAAAUUGCCAAAAGAUGUGGGGGGUUGCCAUUAGUUGCAAGUGUAAUCGGAGGAACAUUGAGUCGUGAAAUGAAGACAGAUAAGUGGCAAGAGAUCUUAGAUGAUAAAGCAUGGAUUUUGCAAGAUGAAAAUAAGAAGAUUUUAUCUAUAUUGAAAAUGAGUUUUGAUCGUUUGCCUUCAUCCUUAAAAAAGUGCUUCUCUUAUUGUUCAAUUUUUCCAAAGGAUGCUGUCAUUUUCAUCGAUGAUUUAAUUCAACUUUGGGUGGCUCAGGGGUUUGUUCACAAAUCUAAUGAAAGCCUUGUGGAAAUGGAGGAUAUUGGUAAUCAGUAUUUCAAGGAGUUGUUAUCUAAUUCUUUAUUCCAAGAUAUUGGAUGGGAUUUGUAUGGGAAUAUUGAAUCUUGCAAAAUGCAUGAUCUAGUGCAUGAUCUUUCAUUGCUUGUUUCAAAAGGUAAGACCUUGGUUUGGGACACUAGCUGCAAUUUUGAUGUUCAGAAUUGUAGUACUAUUCGACAUUUGAGAGUCAAGUCCAAGGGAGAGGAUCUUCUAACCAUUCCAAGAAGUGUUGCUCAAAGGCUGCAUUCUUUGUUUUCACAUGUUGAUGUUUUUUGUAGCAUGGCGUCAGAUCUCAAAAGCUUGCGAUCCUUGAAAUUAGAGGGAGGUCAGAAAAAGUUGCCUGCUUCUCUUGGCAAAUUGAAGCAUUUGAGGUACUUUGACAUGUCAAAAGCUUAUGUCAGAACAGUACCAAAAUCCUUCUCCGAGCUCUAUAAUUUGCAGACUUCAAAUUUUCUUAACCGUACUCUUGAAAAGCUUCCCAAUGGCAUGGCAAAUCUCAUCAGCUUGAGGCAUAUCUAUUCUAGUUGUCCAAGUGAUAUAUUGAUGCUGCAGUUAACUUCCCUUCGAACAUUAUCACACUUUGUUGUGGGCACAGAAAAGGGAUGCCGGAUUGAAGACCUUGGAUGCUUAAGCCAACUUGGAGGAAAACUAGAGAUUCGGAAGCUUGAACAUGUCAGAUCCAAAUUGGAAGCUUCUAAAGCAAAUCUAAAAGAAAAGACAAAAUUGCAUCAAUUGAAAUUAUGCUGGAGUAGUGGGAAUGAAAGAGCAGUCAACAACAACGAUGAAGAGGUUCUAGAAAGCCUUCAACCUCAGUCAAAUUUGAAAAGCCUCACUAUUGAUGGUUACAAAGGAAAUAUGUUCCCAUCUUGGAUGGGGAAUGAUGUCAAUAGUUCUGGUUCUUCAUUCCUUCUUGACAACAUGGUGGAGUUGCAGUUAACUAGUUGCAAUGAGUGCACGUGUAUUCCGAGUUUGGGACUAUUGCCUUUUCUCAAGGUUCUUUGCAUUGGAAGAAUGGAAAAUGUUAGAAGAAUGGGUCACAAGCUUCAGCCUGGCGGAGCAGAAUCAAUCAGAUUGUUCCCAGCUUUGCAAACACUCACUGUAGAUGGCAUGGAAAGGCUAGAAGAAUGGGUGGAAGUUGUUGAGGAUGCAGCUGUAGGGAGCCAAGGUGUGAUCGUGUUUCCUUGCCUUGUGCAAUUGUGGAUUAAAAAUUGUCCUUUGUUGGAGACUUUGUCGAUGGGCGGAUUUUCAUCUCAUCAUAAGCUCUCUGAGCUGUUGAUAGCGCAGUGUCAGAAACUGAUGGCUAUCCCUACUUUAGAUGGGCUCUCAACCCUUAAAACGUUUGAGCUCAGUGGCAAUGGUGGAUUAACAAGUCUACCAAUUGGGCUUGGAUCCUGCAUCUCUCUUCAGUUCUUGCGAAUUGGAUGUUGCCAAAAUCUGAACUCCAUUCCAAGUAUGAAUGGGUUGACAUCUCUUGAAGACCUCUCCCUUUUUUUUUGCGAUGGAUUAACGUGUCUUCCAAUUGGGCUGGACUCUUGCAUUUCACUUCAGAAGUUGGAAAUUCAAUUUUGCCCUAAUUUAAUUUCCAUUUCUGACGAUAUCAAGAAAUUGCGUUCUCUCAGAAUUCUUGAAAUAGCAGUUUGCGAAAAUCUAAGGAGCCUUCCAGAGGAAUGGCUAGAUAGCCUCACCCGCUUCAAGGAGUUAAGCCUUGGUCCUUUUUGGUCGGAGUUGGAGGAAUUCCCAGGAUUGACCUCCAUUCAUCAAUUCCACCCCUCGCUUGAAUUAUUGAUUUUGUCCGGAUGGGAUAAACUAAAGUCUCUGCCACAUCAGCUUCGACAUCUCACUGCCCUCAAGAAAUUGAGGUUAACUGAUUUCAAUAGCCUGGAAGCUUUGCCAGAGUGGUUGGGAGACUUCUCUUCUCUUCAUCGGCUGGAGAUUGGGAAAUGCUCUAAUUUGACUCAUCUGCCUUCUAUUGAAGCCAUGCGAGGCCUCUGCAACUUAAAAUAUCUUAAAAUUUGGUGUUGUCCGAAAUUGAAGAAAAGAUGCGCCAAAAAGAGGGGCCCCGAAUGGUCCAAGAUCUCCCACAUCCCCAAUAUCCAAAUACAGGGGGAUUACCAUUAUUCCUCCAAUGAUUUUGAUUUUGAUUUUGAUUUAUGGAUCUAAAUAAUUAUGCGCAUCUGCUCAGGCCUCACGGUUCCUCUAAAGCUAGCAAUCUAAUUUUCCUGAUCUGAAACCAAAAAAAUAUCAUGACGAGUGGAGGGAGUUUUCACACUAGGGACCCAACCAGAUGAGUAGUCCUCUCUUUGAGUUGUUGAGGCUCAUAAACAGAUUUAGCUAUUCCACAGCUAUGUAGUUUUCGAAUUCUGACCACAUUUUGAGGUGCAAGUUUACUGGUAUAUAGACAUUUGUCGUGCUGAUCAAAGUCUUGAGCUAUCUCAGAUUGCCAGUUUAAGUGGACUGCCCUACAAAGGUGGGUUGUGAAACUAAAAAUCAUCUUUUUAAUUAAGAUUUGAUUUUAUUUUGGCAGGAUUUUACUUCACUCUAGUGAUUAUGAUUCACCAAUAAAAGUUAAAUAUAAGUUUAGCUAAAAGGAUAUUCUUCUUUACUUGGUUAAGGAAUGAUCUGUAAAAAUCUAUAUUGACACAUUUUCAAUCAUGGUUGUUGAAAUUUCUUCAGGGUUACUGUACCAAAUGCCUGAUCUGUUGUGCAAACUGAACUGUUAUUUCUUCAGUGGCUCUCUCUUGUUAGAACCUACACCAGAGUUUCUCUAGGUUAGAGAUUAUGGUGUUUUUGCGACUUGCUACUUUGCAAACUGUUAAUGAUGAAAUCUGGAGUCUGGACUCCUUAUGACUCUGUGAACUGCAACAUUUUGAGAACAUGCUUUUCCCAUUGACAAGAGCACUGCAGCUACACUAGCAUAAAUUAUGGCUGCAGUCCUUUCAAUUUUUCUUGAAACGUAUAGAUCCUGGUGCCAUAGAUUAUUUGUACACACAUUUUGCAGUAGCGAGGAAAGCAUUGAAUUUUACUUGGAAUUAACCAACAGAUCAACUCUUCCACCAAUUCUUAGGCUUUUGUGGUUUCAUGGUAGAAUAUCUCAUUCAAUUGCCAACAAACAAGGAAGAUGGUACGGCUUUUCAAGCCUUUUUCUUUGAAUCUAAAACAUAUUAUACCUUGUUUGAAUAAAUUCUCUAUACAACUCUGAAUUUGAUGAUGGAAUAAUGGACAUGCAAUCAACAACUGGAGUGAAGAGAAGAAAUUGACAAUGGGAUCCCUGUGCAAGUGAUUGCUCGUAAAACGGUCUCAAUAGCUUCAAUGUGGUUAUGAUAGAAUUAUAACUUUGGAUUUAUCAAACAAUGGCUUAAUCAGAGAAGUGCAAAACUUCCGUCUCAGCUAGUCUUAUUGAAGAAAAUUGGGAGCUUCUGAAGAACUCCUUGUCUUCUUACUCUGCUAAUAUCUAGGAGGAGAUGGGGAAUGCAAUGAAAACAGAAUGAUUGGAGCUGGAAUUCAGUAUAUUUCAGUGUUCAUCUAAGCUGGUAAGUCCUUGUCCUCAAAAUUCUCUCUUUUCUUUACGCUAAUUACAUUUUCUUCAGGUUGCUUUGUUCUAACUUAUUUUGUUUCAUUCUUGUUUCUGACAUAUUUUAUCAUACUGCUCGUAUCACUACCAGGAAAACGUUUACAAGAAUGCAUGUAGCAGUUCAUUUUUUUCGUUUUGAUUCAUGUCUUGAAGCAGAUGCGAACAAGAUUAUAUGCUUCGCUCUCUAAAAUGCAAGGAGCAGUUAGAGAUAGAGAAUGUGAACGAGAAAAAAAGACAUACAUCAAAAGAAAAUGCCUCUGUUCUUUGCCUUGGAAAGCUAUGGCAGAAAUCCGCUAAGGCUCAUAAGGUGUCUUCAAGUGGACGCUGUAAUAUGUUUCAGUGUCUGAACCUGUACCUGUUUCCUUCUCAUUUGUUCUCCAUUUUCUUGUUGUAUUACUUGUUUUCUCUUUCCUCUUGCUGUUAUUGUGAUUGUUUGAAGAUGAUUUUGUAACACUCUCUUGAUAUGGUAGAGCUAUUUUUCAUGGACUAGAAGUCCCGUAGUUUUUACUCUUCUAUUUGAGGAGGUUUUCCAUGUAAAAAUUGUCUCUUUUGUGUGUUUGUUUGCUUUAGCCAUUCUUAUUUGUUU